ACAGAAGAGUCCUCACAGCUCCAGACAGAUCCCAGAGAGGACGUCACCUCCGAGACGCACGUCCACCCCGACACCGACGGAGACACGGAGCACUCCUCUCAAACCGACACCGAUGAAGAGUGGAGCGCUCCAUUCAGCUGUUCGUCCAGGCGGGUGGACACGGAAGAGGACGGGGAUCACCGCGACCGGGUCCAGGCCCGAACCGGAGGCGCCGCCGCUUCAAACUCAGGUCUGUCCCCCGAACACGAGAACCGCGCACCAGAGACCGGAGCCGCCGCGGACAACGGAAACGCGCCGCAAACAGCCCGAGGAGGAGCUGCGGGGAAGAAGCACCCGUGUUCGUUUUGUAAAGAGCGACGUGGGUUUAAAGAGCGUUUUAAAAGACACGGAGGAGACAAACCUUACAGCUGUUCGGUGUGUCAGAAAGCGUUUCACAAAAAGAGUCACCUCAAACAGCACACGAGAACACACACGGGGGACAAACCUUUCAGCUGUUCCGUGUGCCAGAAGUCGUUCAAUCACAAGAGUAACCUCACAGAACACGUCAGGACGCACACGGGGGACAGACCUUACGGCUGCUCCGUCUGUCAGAAGUCGUUUAACCACACGAGCGUCCUCGCGAAGCACAUGAGGACGCACACGGGCGACAAACCUUUCAGCUGCUCCGUGUGCGAGAAGGCGUUUAACCAAAAGAGCAACCUGACGAAACACAUGCGGACGCACACGGGCGACAAACCUUACAGCUGCUCCGUGUGCGAGAAGGCGUUUAACCAAAAGGGUAAUCUCACCAAUCACAUGAGGACGCACACGGGAGUCAAACCCUACAGCUGUUCCGUGUGCGAGAAAGCGUUUAACCAAAAGAGUCACGUCAUAAAACACAUGAGGACGCACACGGACAGAGACAAAACUUAAAGACGUUCCGUGUGUCAUCUCGAUUUACACGUCGCUCUCGUCUGGAAAAAACACGAAGGGCCCGAGCUCGCCCCCCCGAUCUCAGCACGAGCAGAAGUGUGAGGUGUGGACAUCUCAACGGUCCGAGUGUCGUGUCUGAACAUCAGGCGGAGUGGAGCAAACUGAGGACAGCUGUGACACAAUUACGAAUUGUGAGUUUGGGGACCACAGGAUCAUCUCUGCUGUUCACAGAUCAUAAUGUCCUGUUGUCUUCAUCAGACCAGGACCUGCAGAUUGGGGCCUCAUUUAUAAAAAACUGCGCAGGAGUUGUCGUAAGUUCGUGCGUUCGUCUGUAGGUACGAGAGGCGUGCGCCACAAACUCCAUAUUUAGAAAACCCACCGCACGAACCAAACCUGCAACCUGUGAUUUAUAAAUCCACCUGCAACUAGAAUUUGCGCACGUAAACCCACGUCACGCCCCUCACACCUCCGCCUCACCAUAAAAGGACAGACCACGCCC